GUUUAACGCCACAAUGCCCCUCCAUUGUAAUACAUUGCUGAAUGAAACACCGAAGAGCAGCUUUGCGAGAUAUUUGCGAUGUACCAACAGAUUGUAUGAGCUAGCAAUAUACUAUAAUAAGUUGAUGAUUACACCAUCUUCUCAAAGAUGGCAUGAAACCUCGGCGCAGUGGCCUUCCGGCAGGUACGGAGAGCAUCUAUAAAGCCACCGCUGCCCAACCCGUCCUUUUACCCUCCUCCUCAACACACAUUUCACGUCUCUGACAAAUCAACCGCACCAACUGCUCGCUCCCGGAGCCGGAGACGUUCGCUGUUCGACCAAAUCCAUCACUAUGGCUGAGCAUAUAUACAAGUUCGAAAUCGCUAUGAGCUGCGGCGGCUGUUCCGGCGCGGUGGAGCGUGUCCUCAACAAGCUUGAAGGCGUCAAAUCGCACAAGGUUUCCCUUGACACGCAAACGGCCGAAGUCGUUGCCGCCGAGUCGCUCGACUUCAACACCGUUCUCGAGAAGAUCAAGAAGACUGGGAAAACCGUGAAGUCGGCAGAGGCGGACGGACAGGUUAUGGCAGUAUAAGUCGAAUUGGACGUCAUGGCGAUUCAUUCCGAGUUUGGGUUACCUACAUGAGGGCGAUUAUCUGCGUUUUGCGUCAGGCCAAUUGCAGACGCUCCGGAUGAGGUCUUGCGAACGGGCUAUGCUGCGUUAGCUAUGGAGUUAGGAUAUUUGGUGGAAUUUCAGGGUUUGUCGGCUUUUGGAAUCACUCAUACCUCACUUUUGAGCCCAAGACCGGUGCAAGUGAUUGAUCUCCAAUUCCACCGAACUGGAGU